AUGCAACGUUAUAAAUGUUUAAAGAAGAAUGCAAUUUUACGACAGCAUUUUUUUUGUCAAUAUGUACCAACUUUAAAUAAAAAAUUUCAGAUCAGUUGUGAAGAAACCAAAAGAAGUUACAAAAAAGUAAAACAGUUGAAUUUCAAUUUUACAUUACUUGGUUGCUACAUUAGUCAGAAAAACAAAAAUAAUGAAUAUCUUUCUAACACUUUAAAUAAAUUUUUUUUUUUAUAUAUAACUCAAAAAAAAAAGAAAAAAAAAAAAAAAUUAUAUGAUUCACUAAGUACUAUUUUUAACGACAAGCAUAUUUUAUUAAAUGCUCUAAAACAAAAUCAGAAUAAAAUAGUUGACACACGCAAUCAUGAUUACAUUGUAAAUAACAGAUCCCCUAACGAUAAAUACGCGGUGGAAUUCACUUUUCUAAGCAAAAUUAGAAACAAUGUGUCUUCAGAUAACUAUGCCUCCUUAUUUAGUACUUACACAAAAGGAAAAGAAAAGGCAGAAAGUUAUAAUUCAAUGCACUGUUCCAUAGAACAUCCUAAAAAUAAAUUGAUAUACCCAAAUAAUUAUUAUCCCUUUGGAGAAGGAAUAACUAAAGGGUAUUUCUUAUACAACUGCGUUAAUCAAAAGCAUUUUGGAACCUGUGCAACAGGGGAUAAAGAAAGGAAGGAAAAAAACGAGAAAAAGGGAAAUAACGAAAAAAUAGAAAAAAAAGAAAAACAAAAAAAAUGGAUGAAAAUUUUCUCGAAUGCGGACGGUGCGAAAAAUAGCUCUCCCCAGAACAAUGACGCCAAACAUGUCAAAUCAUGGGACAAGGAAAAGGGGGAAAGCUCCAAAACAUAUGCAAACAAAUUUAACAUGAAUGAGGAUAAAUUGAAGAAUGAAUACGAAGAAGUAAAUGUAAAAGAAUUAGAUAAGACACUACUUAAUUUAGAAAAAUUAUACGACAAUAAAGAUAGCAAAAUAAAUGUAAACAUUAAAAUGUUAGUAUAUGUUUUUAAAAAUUUUAUACAUAAAAAUAAGGAAUUAAAAGCGAAAAUUUUUUUUUCAUUUAUUUUUUUACUGUGUUCCAAAAUAUCCAUAAUAUAUACACCCAUCCUGUUAUCAUCAUUUAUUGAAAAUGUGAAUAUACAAAAAAGUUUAAAUGAUCAAAUAGAUAUGUCCUUUUUAAAUAAUUCCAGUAUUAUAAUUUUAUCAUCGUAUAUACUAUCUCGAGUUUUGUCAUCUACGUUAAAUGAAUUAAGAAAUAGUGUUUUUAAUACCAUAAGUCAACGCAUCUCAACUUUCGUAAGUAAACUGUUUUUCUACAAAAUACAUAAUUUACACUUAAGUUAUAUAUUGUCGAAAAAAAAUGGGGAACUAUCCUUCAUAUUUAACAGAGGAUGUAAAAGUAUUACUAAUUUAUUAAAUGUAAUCGUUUUUCAAAUAAUUCCAAUCAUUAUAGAAUUCUUUUUAUAUUUAUGUAUAUUAACUUAUAAAAUACACUACAGCGUUUCCAUUGUCACAUGCUUAAAUAUGCUGUUAUAUAUUAUUUUCACAACCUUAGUAACGAAAAGAAGAACAAUUAUUAGAAAAUAUAUGAACAAAGCAGAACAAAAUACGUUUAAUAUAUUUUUAGACUCUAUACAGAAUAUAGAACAAGUUAAAUAUUAUACCAACGAAAUACAUGAAUUAAACAAAUUUAUAAAAGAACAGGAAAAAUACGAAAAAGAAGCUAUAAAUGUUCAAAAAUCUUUGUCCUUUUUAAAUUUUGGUCAACAAAUUAUUUUAAAUUUUAAUUUAUUUCUUUGUUUAUAUUUGACCUAUUUAAAUAUAGCAAAUGCCAUUUUCCCAUUUAGUUACUUGAUAUUAGUAAACACCUUGCUAUUUCAGCUAGCUAUGCCAUUAAACAUGUUUGGUACUAUCUAUCGAGAAACGAAGCUAAGUCUAGUUGAUAUAGAAUGCAUGGUCAAAAUUUUGGUAAAAAAAAUAAAAUCUCCAGAUUAUUCUAACAACCUGCAAAUACAAAGGGGGGACAUCAAAUUUGAAAACGUUUCCUUUAAGUACCCAGUGCCUGACGAAAAAAUGGAUCCCGAAGAAAUUAUUAGCAGUAGUAGUAGCAAUAGCAGUAUUAGUAGCAAUAGCAGUAUUAGUAGCAAUAGCAGUAGUAGUAGCAAUAGCAGUAGUAGUAGCAAUAGCAGUAGUAGUAGCAAUAGCAGUAGUAGUAGCAAUAGCAGCAGUGUAGCAAUAGCAGCAGUCGUAGCAAUAGCAGCAGUCGUAGCAAUAGCAGCAGUCGUAGCAAUAGCAGCAGUCGUAGCAAUAGCAGCAAUCGUAGCAAUAGCAGCAGUCGUAGCAGUGAUAAUGAUACUAAAGGGAAGAAGGGGAGCAGAUAAUACAGAUAUAAACACCAUGAGUGAAGAUAUAAGAACAAAUUUGAACAAUGAAAUAAAAAAAAAUAUAAGAACACAACUUAAGGAAAAUAAUUAUAUAUUUCAAAAUUUCACGUGUCAUAUUGAACAUGGAGAAAAAGUAGCUAUUAUUGGAAAAAGCGGCCUAGGAAAAAGUACCUUAGUAAAACUGUUAUUAAGAUUAUAUGAAAUAGAUAGUGGAAAUAUAUAUAUUGAUAAUAAAAAUAUUGAAAAUAUUAAUUUAUACACACUAAGAAAAAGUAUAAGUAUUGUUCCACAAGAUACUAUAUUAUUUAAUAAUACAAUAUUGUAUAAUAUAAAAUAUGGAAAUUUUCAAUGUACUGAUAGAGAAAUAAUGGAAGCAUCGAUUAAAUCAGAACUACAUGAAAAAAUACUACGAAUGGAAAAACAAUAUGAUACCAUUGUCGGUGAAAGAGGUACCAAAUUAUCAAUUGGAGAAAAACAAAGAAUAUGUAUAGCUAGGUGUUUUUUAAAAAAUUCAAAAAUUAUUGUUCUAGAUGAACAUGCAAGUAACUUAGAUAUUGAAAAUAAAAAAUCCAUCGAAAAGGCUUUGCACAAUCUGUGCUUGGGAAAAACAACUUUUAUUAUUACACAUGUAAUGGAUAAUUUACAAAAUAUGAACAAAAUUAUUUUCUUUUCCGGUAAAAACAUAUAUGUAGGUAGUCACAACCAACUGAUGAAUGAAUACAUAACUUACCGGGAUUACUACAGCUCGAAAAAUAAUGAGCUACUUUAA